UCAACAAACAACCCAUCUGUCAGCUGCUUGAUUGAACAACGAUGGCAGAGUGGAGGGACUAUAUCAAAGCCACUCUGAAGGAGAAGUUUGUGGAGGACGUAGCCAUCGUUGGCCUGUACGACAACAAGGCCGUGUGGGCCUCCAAGCCUGGAGGUGUCCUGGCUGCCAUCUGCCCACCGGAGGUGGAGGCUCUGGUGGGCAAAGACAGAGGAAGUCUCCUGCAGGAGGGGGUCAGCGUUGGAGGUCGGAAGAUGGCAGUGAUACGAGACCAUAUGACAGGUCCUGAGACAGAGAUCCUAUUCAUUGACAUCCGGACCAAAGGCAGCGAGAGCUUGGCUCUCACGGUUGCCCUGACGACCAAGGCUCUGGUGUUUGUGAUGGGAAAACGAGGGGUGCAUGGCGGCAUAGUCAACAAGAAGGUGUGUGACAUGGCCAAGUACCUCCGCGAGAGGGGUGUGUGACAAUCUCCAUCCAUAUACUGGAUAUCUCAAU